UAGUCUCAUCCAAGCAAGAGCAGACUGUGGGAAGAGAUUUACUAGCUGAGUUUUGUGAAUGAAUGAAUGAAAGAAAGAUUUUCGACAUUUUGUUCUUGAUGGGUAAGUGUUUUUCCGCACUUGGGUGUUGAAGAAGAACAGUAGAAAUUGUUCUCUUGUAUAGAAAGUGUUUAUUCUUUUUGGCUUAUUCAUUGGUGAAUGUUAUUCACAUCAUAUGCCUUUUUUCUUCAUUCAACUUGAUGGUCUAAGGGAAGUGCGAUGGUGUCUUUUCAGUUGUUCAGUCAAACCCCAGAACAAAGCUUUUCCUUUCCUUUUGAACUGCACUCUCUGCUGAGUUUAUCAUUUGAGUUGUGAGAGAAAUGUGGAUUUUUCCAAAGUGGGGUUUUUUCCUUAUGUGGGUUCUAUGUCUAUCAGAUUUGUUGUGGUUAGUUUCAGGACUAGGUUCAAUGUCUUCCAUUGCCGUUUCCUAUGGAGAAAACGGUCCUGUUUUCUGUGGCCUAAGAUCAGAUGGGUCCCACCUUGUGACCUGUUAUGGCUCAAAUUCAGCCAUAACAUAUGGAACUCCAUUGCGUUUACCAUUUGUUGGUCUAACUGCUGGUGAUGGUUUUGUUUGUGGGCUUCUCAGUAAUACCAAUCAGCCGUAUUGUUGGGGAAGCAGUGGCUACAUCCAAAUGGGCGUUCCUCAACCGAUGAGUAAAGCCGCCGAGUACUUGGAAAUAAGUGCUGGUGAUUACCAUCUCUGUGGAUUGAGAAAGCCCUUGACUGGAAAACGCAGGAACACUUCUUUUGUUGAUUGUUGGGGCUAUAACAUGACAAAAAACUAUGCGUUUGAUGGGCAGAUUCAGUCGAUAUCUGCAGGCUCGGAGUUCAGCUGCGCGUUGUUUGCUCAGAACAGGACGGUUUUCUGUUGGGGCGACGAAACGAGCAGCCGGGUCAUCAGCUUGAUUCCUAAAGAGAUGAGGUUUCAGAAGAUUGCGGCGGGUGGGUACCAUGUUUGUGGCAUUAUGGAGGGUGUGAAUUCAAGAGCCUUUUGUUGGGGAAGGAGCUUGGACAUUGAGGAAGAGAUCUCGGUGGCGUAUUCGGGUCAGGGUGGGAAUGUCGAUUUGGCGCCGAAUGAUCCAAUGCUCUCUGUUGUUGGAGGGAAGUUUCAUGCUUGUGGGAUUAGGAGUUAUGACCGUGGAGUGGUUUGUUGGGGUUUUGUUGUUAAACCAAGCACCUCUGUCCCUAAUGGGAUUAAGGUUUAUGAGAUUGCUGCUGGGAAUUACUUCACUUGUGGAAUUCUUGCUGAGAGAUCACUUCUGCCUGUUUGUUGGGGUUCUGGAUUUCCUACUUCUCUGCCUUUAGCCGUCUCUCCUGGCCUCUGCAAGCCUACUCCGUGUGCCCCAGGGUUUUACGAACUCAGCCAUAAGAAUGCCUCUUGCAAAGAUCCCAACUCUCGAAUUUGCUUGCCGUGCAGCGCCGGUUGUCCCGCUGAAAUGUACCAAAAAACCGAAUGCUCGGUGAGAUCUGACAGAAUUUGUGAAUAUAACUGUUCGAUUUGCAACUCCGCGGAAUGCGUCUCCAACUGUUCAGCUUCGUACUCCACUAUCCUCGCGGCAAAGAAGAACGAAAGGUUUUGGUCGCUGCAGCUGCCGGUCAUCAUUGCGGAGAUUGCGUUUGCUGCGUUCCUAGUGAUUGUUGUGUCGUUAACCGCAGUUUUGUACGUUCGUUACAAGUUGAGAGACUGCCAAUGCUCCACCAAAGAUUCCAAGUCCAAGAAGAGUAAUGCAAAUGCUUCGAGCUUUCAAAAGGAAAACGGUAAGAUUCGUCCAGAUUUGGAUGACCUGAAGAUCAGGAGGGCUCAGAUGUUCACUUAUGAGGAACUAGAAAGGGCGACGGAGGGUUUCAAAGACGAAUCUUUAGUGGGAAAGGGAAGCUUCUCAUAUGUUUUCAGAGGGGUUUUAAAAGACGGCACGGUUGUUGCCGUCAAACAGGCUAUAAUGUCUCCAAACAUGCAGAAGAGCUGGAAAGAAUUCCACACAGAGUUAGAUCUACUCUCGAGAUUAAACCAUGCCCAUUUGCUUAAUCUGCUCGGGUAUUGUGAGGAAGGAGAAGAAAGGCUUCUUGUUUAUGAGUACAUGGCUCAUGGAUCAUUGCAUCAGCAUCUCCAUGGUAAGAACAAGGUCUUGAAGGAGCAGCUGGAUUGGGUUAGAAGAGUAACUAUUGCAGUCCAGGCUGCAAGGGGGAUCGAAUACUUGCACGGUUAUGCUUGCCCGCCGGUGAUCCAUCGAGACAUUAAGUCCUCGAACAUCCUCAUCGACGAGGAGCAUAAUGCCCGAGUCGCUGAUUUCGGUCUCUCGCUGUUGGGGCCUGCAGAUAGUUGCUCCCCAUUGCCUGAGCUACCGGCCGGAACUCUUGGCUAUCUUGAUCCCGAAUACUACCGGCUUCACUACCUCACCACCAAAUCCGACGUUUACAGCUUCGGUGUCUUGUUGUUGGAGAUUCUCAGCGGGAGAAAAGCUAUUCAUAUGCAGUAUGAAGAAGGGAAUGUAGUUGAACGGGCAGUGAACAUUGUCGAGUGGGCGGUGCCUCUUAUCAAAUCGGCCGAUAUAGCAGCGAUUUUGGAUCCGGUUUUGAAGCUUCCAUCAGAUAUAGAAGCGUUGAAAAGGAUUGCAAAUGUGGCUUGUAAGUGUGUAAGAAUGAGAGGGAAGGAAAGGCCAUCGAUGGACAAAGUGACGACCGCAUUAGAACGAGCUCUUGCGCUGCUAAUGGGCAGCCCUUGUAAUGAACAACCGAUCUUGCCAACCGAGGUGGUUUUGGGGAGUAGUAGAAUGCACAAGAAACCCUCACAAAGAUCUUCGAAUCGGUCGGCAUCCGAGGCCGAUGUCGUUGAGGCCGAUGAUCAGAGGUUGGAGUUCAGAGCUCCUUCAUGGAUUACUUUUCCUAGUGUUGCUUCUUCUCAGAGGAGGAAGUCCUCGGUUUCGGAUGCAGAUGUAGAAGGGAAGAACCCAGAAGCCAAAAAUUCAGGCAAUGGUGGAAGCAUUAACGACGGGUUGAGAAGUUUGGAAGAAGAGAUUUGUCCUGCUUCUCCUCAAGAAAACUUGUUCUUGCAGCACAAUUUCUAAAAUUAAGAAGCAAAGAAAUAUAUAUAUCUUAGAGUUGCUCAUCUAGGAGGAUAUGAAAUGUUUGGAAAGAAAAGAAAAAAAAUGUAUUUCUGGAGUUCUAGACUACUACUACAACUAGUACUACCACCUCUUAUUUUGGAACACCGAUCUUGCUUCUUUUGUGUAGUUAAUUCUAACACUACGCUGGUCUAAUUAU